AUGUCCUCUCUCAACCUGACCGACGGCACGGCCGUCACGGUCGCCGGCACGGCGUUCCAAGACCCUUUAACAAACGCUGGGGCGACACCUUUCGUCGAGCACGGAUACGCCUCAACGGGGUUCAUCAUUAUCUGCACGGCCCUCGUCUUCUUCAUGACACCCGGUCUCGGUCUCUUCUACGCUGGUCUGAGUCGCGUGAAGAACUCGCUUUCGUUGAUUAUGAUUAGUAUGCUGGCCAUGUCGAUCAUUACUAUCCAGUGGGUCCUGUUCGGAUUCUCAUUAUCAUUCUCGGAGACGGGAGGACGUUUCUGGGGUAACCUUGCUCACGGAGGCCUCAAGGGUCUCGGUGCGGACGCUCUUCCAUUGACCGCGCCAACAAUCCCCGGCAUCUUGUUUGCUUUGUACCAAAUGCAGUUCGCGACCAUUACCGCUGCUCUGAUUUUCGGAUCCGUCGCUGAGCGUAUUCGAUUGCUGCCAGCUAUGCUCUUCAUCCUGUUGUGGUCGACAUUCGUUUACAACCCCGUCGCAUACUGGACAUGGUCCGCUCGUGGAUGGCUCAAGUCGCUCUCCUGCAUUGACACGAUCAUGGACACCCCAUGUGGUGUCGGCGCUCUUGACUUCGCCGGUGGAGGCCCGGUCCACAUCGCUUCCGGUUUCGCCGGUCUUGCUUACUGCCUGAUGGCCGGCAAGCGCAAGUUGAGCGACCACGAACCAUUCAAGGCGCACAACAUGACCAACGUCUUCCUCGGAGUCGGACUCCUGUGGUUCGGAUGGUACGGAUUCAAUGCCGGAAGCGCCGUCGGUGCCACCCCUCGUGCGGCCAUGGCUGGUCUCGUCACAACCCUCGCUGCCGCCUCUGGCUCCCUUUCGUGGAUGGGGUGGGACUUCUUCCGCCACGGCAAGCUCUCCGGUCUCGGCUACUGCUCUGGCGCCGUCGCCGGUCUCGUCGGAAUCACUCCCGCAUCUGGAUUCGUCGCACCAUGGGCUGCCAUCAUCAUCGGCGCCGCAUCCGGUGUGUGCUGCAACAUGGCCUGCCGUCUGAAAGACCACUUCGGUUUCGACGACUCCCUCGACGCAUGGGGCGUCCACGGUAUCGGAGGCAUCGUCGGCGGUGUCCUGACCGGUUUCUUCGCCCAGCAAUGGGUCGCUGCGCUUGACGGCGGCGUGAUCGCCGGGGGCGCCGUCGACGGCAACUGGAAGCAGAUUGGGUACCAGCUCGCUGGAUGCGUUACCAUCGCGGCAUGGUCCUUCUUCCUCUCCCUCCUCAUCUUGUUCAUCCUGAACAAGAUCCCCGGCCUCCACAUCCGCCCCGGAGCCGACCACCACGAGCACGGAAACGACAUGAGCGAGAUGGGCGAGGUCGCGUACGAGAUCAUGAUGGCCAAGGAAAACGCCACCGCACACUCUUCCAUGCCUGCGGCCCCCGAGAGGACGUUGUCGAAGGCCAAGCUCGACACGCAGCCAACGGAGGCGACCAUCUCUGUUCAAUAA